ACAAAUGAAGGAGAAAAAACCAUUUGAACAUCUAGCUCAUGUUUUUGGCUGAAAAAAACCUGACUUUUCCCAAAGCUUGGUCGAUAAUGGAGAUAUAUCAUGCGCGUCCUACGAUGCUAUCACACACACACACCAAAACUGAAUCGGUCGGUUACUACGACCAAUUCUCUAUAAUCGCAAUCUGGCAAUUUAUACACAUUCAUCCACCAUCGUUCCAUUGGGACCCAUUCGGUACGCCCACCUACCAUAUAAACUUCUGGGGUUGCCAGAUUCAUUUUUUUCAAAGCCAUUCGAUAUUGAAUUUGGAAAGAAAAAACCAAUUCUAUUCACAGUCGAUGCAUGCGCCGUCAUUGAUGAUGAUGAUGAUGAAGAUAUAGAAAAAUUGAUGGGGCCUUUCUCAAAUUCGUUGAUGAAUCAAGCUCAAAAUCUAUACAGACACACACACACACACACUGGCUCUCGAUCUAUAUAAUAUAAUUUUGUUCCAUUUGGAACCCAGUUUGUCCAUGUCCCCUUUUUUCUCUCAAAAUAAUAUGAGUCGGGUUCUUUGUCACAUUAUUAAAUUUUUCGUUUUUUUCUGCUUGUUUGCAUCUGAAUUUCAGUUUUCAGUUUUUUCUCUUUUUUUUUCUUCAUUUUCUCAUGGUCAAUCCAUACAACGAAACAAACUCUUCCGAUGUAUGCCACACCACAAUCAAACAACAAACAACUGAUUGUGGGGAAAUAUUGCAAAGACACUAACACCACCGCCACCGCCACCACCACGAAGAAAAGAAAAAAUUCACUUUCUCAUUCUUCAUUCUGAAAAACAUGAAUGAGAAAUGAAUUUUCGACGUUUCUUCUCAUCAUGAUGAUGCUCAUCAAUUUUGAUUAUUUCAAUCAAUUUGAAUUUGAUGAAUUUGAUUUUCGUGUGUAGGUGUGUGUUCAUUGUUCAAAUCGAGAUUGGCAAAGAAAACAAUUGCAUCAAUUGUUGAUUGACUGUAAAUAGCUCUGCCACUUUGAAACCCUUUUUUUGUUUCAUCAAAUAAUCUUGCUAAAUGAUUCGAAUAAAAUUAUCAUCAACAAAUACAACUCUGAUUACAUGGUCAAUGAUUAUCAUUAUUAGCAAAAUUGACUUUGGUUUCCAAUCAAAAUGUCAGUCAAUCAAAUGAGGAUCGUUAUGACAGUGAUAGCACUGACCGGCAUUCACGUUGGUGCAUCAUCAUCAUCAUCAUCCUCAUCCUCAUCAUCAUCAUCAUCACUGCUCAUUAUUGGCCGAUUGCCUUAUCACCGAUUGUCAUUGGAUUAUAGUUCAAUGUUGACUAAAUGCCUCCCUUUGUAAAGGUGUGCGUGCUCGGAAGUACUGGUGUUGGAAAAACAAAGUUAAUACAGCAAUUUGUUUACAAUUAUUAUGACGAUCAAUACGAAGCAACCACUGCCGUCAACAACAAAGAUAAUAUCUAUCAUUGUUCCACAAUGUUCAAUGGUAAUCUUUAUCAAUUGAAAAUUAUUGAUAUGCCUGCAAUCAAAGAAUUUCCAACCGAUGCUACAACCGAAUGGUCACAAUAUCAACAAUGCCAAUUACGUAAUGCUAAUGCAUACAUCUUUUGUUUUGAUCUCAAUUCACCCGCCACAUUCAAUUAUGUCAAAUUAUUACGUGAUCAAUUGUUUGAAAGUCGUAAUAUGCAAAACGUACCCGUUUGGAUCGUUGGAACAAAAGCUGAUCUUUGUCUGAAUGUUUUGGCACAAAUGCGUUCACAUCACCAUCACCACCACCACCACCACCACCACCAUCAUCAUCAUCACCAUCAUCAACAACAUGACCAUCAACAACAUCAUCGUCAUCGAAAUGUGCAUCAUCAUCAUCGUUCGCUAUUACAUCCUACAUCAUCCAGUCAGAUUCAUUCCCCAUAUGAAGAUAUACAGCCAGCAUGUAAAGAAUUCUCCAAUCUAAUACGUAAACAAUGGAAAUGUAAUUAUCUGGAAUGUUCGGCCAAAUAUAAUUGGCGUGUUGUGGCCAUAUUUCGAGAAUUGUUCAAAACUAUCGACCCAAUCAUGGUGGCAGCUGCCUCAGCCGAAUCAUCACAACAACAACAACAACAACCAACGUCCAUGCCAAUAACAAGUGCUCCAAGUAUGGCUAGUAAAGAUCAAUCCGUUUCAAUCAUUAAAAUCAAUAAUGCAACAUCGGUAAAUGUGCCACCCCGAACCAUGUCACCCGGUGGUGGAGAUUUAUUUCAAACCACAACAACAACAUCAACAACAACGACCAGUCGCCAUUUGGCUGCAAAUCAUAAUAGCAAUAGAAGAAUAUGUCAUAUUUCUUAACAAAGUGAAAUGAAAUGAUGAUCACUAAUUGAUUCUUGGUAUUUAUGAAACAAUGAAACUCUCUCUCACAAUUUCCAUCACCCAUCUCUUUCAACGUGCCAUUUUUCAAAUUGAAAUAUAAUAAAGAUUUAUCUCUCAUUCAUACACAGACACCCAUUAUUGCUCCAAUCUAUAUAUCUUGAUGAUGAUCUUUCCUCGUAGGAUAUUCGUUAAUCGUUAUUGAAAUUCAUUGAACAAACACACUAACAUUCAUUCACAUACAUUCCCUUUCAUCAUUUUACAUAGAAAUUCAUUUGCUCCAAAAAAUUAUUCUUCUUCGAGGGAUAAACAACACACAAACAUACAUACGACGGAAAUAAUAACUAAGUCUUUCAUCGACCAGUGGCAUUAUUAUAUUAAAUUCAACUAUUAUUAUAAUAUAACCUAUAUAUAUAUAAAAUAUAAAAUAUAACGAAAACAAUGUGAAAUAAUUACCUUUUUCCAUCUUUCUUUCUUUUGGAUACCAACUUUAUUAAUGAUGAUGAUUUU